AUGGCGGCAGCUUGGAGCCCGAUCCUGCUGCUGCUGCUGUGGGGCCAGUCCGCAGCCGCCUGGCGCUGGGCCCUGUGCCGGCCCAGCCCGCUGUCCACUCGCCACCCUGUGCUGGGCUUCUGGGAGCGGAUCCGCGCAGGCUCGGGCUGCGCCAGCCGGGGGCGCUCAGCCUCGGGCCGGGAGGUGCAUGUGCUUGUCCUACGGGGGCCAGCGGGGAGGAUGGGAGCCAGACAGAACUGGGCCCAGCCCCCCCCUGGCAGAGCCCCCAUCUUCGUGCUCAGCUCCCCAGUGCCCGUGGUCUGGAGCCUCCAAACGGCCCAGGUGGCUCUUGGGGAGGAAUGGACCUUCCAGGUCUCCCUGGGGUCCAGAGUCUCGGCCCUUGGGGGUGUCACUGUCACUGAGACCCGGCUGCCUCAGACCCCCCGAGGGCUCCUGCGCUGGGUGCAUGAGGAGCACGGCGGGCUCAGCUCCCUGGCUGCAUAUCGGGGCAUCAACAUGGUCUAUGUGCAGCUGGGAGACGAUGGGGUCUUGCCAGGUGCCUGCAAACUUCGCAGGAACUUCGUCUCCCCGACCCACUUCGCCUCCGACCUCCAACCACGGCCUCUGCGGGGCUGCCUGACGUCUGACCCCCCUUGGGACCCCGAAGUUCACAUCAUCCUCUCCAAAGGAACCACGCCCGGGCCCCCAGCCCAUCUCACUGUGGAGCUCCAAGCGCCCGGAGGCUGCUGCUCCCCCCGGCGGGAGCUGAUCGUGGUGCUGAAGAGCGAGGGUGCCACCAGCUGGCUGGUCCGGAUCCACCACAUGGCCGGGCGCCUGCGAGUCCUGGCAUCCCACGAGGUCUCGGUCAGCAGCACAGAACCAGAACCGGACCUGGCUGUGAGCAGCAGCAUUUCCCUGGGCCUGGCCUAUGCCAGCGAUCCCAUGGCCUGGGCAAUGGAGCAGGGGCUGCCUGGGAUCACAUCUUACACAGAGGCUGAGCAGGUGAACAGGUUCCUGGUCAUCGUGGGGCUGGAUGGGGACCCCAAGGCCCCCCACCCCUCCAUCCUGCUCCCCAGACCUGCCAAGAUCUCCCCCAUGGUCUGGGAGAGGAGCCGGGCGGCCUCGGGAGGCGGGAGCGCUGUGCGGCUGGCAGGAGCUCUGUCUGUGGCGUGUCUGAGCGAGAGGGUGGCUGUUCAUGUCAACAAGGACAUGCUCCAGGCUGUCAGACUCUCCCCAGCCCGAGUGACCCUGCGGGACCCCAGCUGUGCAGCCCAGUCCAAUGGCACCCACUUCCUGCUGGAGUCUCCCCUGGCCGGCUGCGGUGCCCUGCGCAUCCCGGCCCUGGACCCCACGUCGGGCGUCUGGCGGUACCAGAAUGCGGUGGUGCUCUGGGGCAGCAAGCCAGGGGCAGUGCCCAGGGGUCCCCCGCUCCCGGUGGGACAGGCUGAAGAUAGCUCGGAGUCCAUUGAGUUCUCCUGCUCCUCCCCAGCCCUGAGCCAGCCGUCCCGCUCUGCUGAGCCCAUCCCGGAUCUGCCCUUCCAUCUGGGCCGUGUCCUGCUCAGCCUGGAGGUCUACAGCUCCGAGGCCUUCGCCAAGGCCCAGGGACCCUGCACGGUGUCGGCCAACAGCCGCGUCUUUGUGGAAGCUGCGCUGGCUGCCUUCGACCCUGGGUUUAGCUUCAGCAUCCGCCUCUGCUUCCUCUCGCCAAGCUCCUCCUCCUCGCUGGACUCACCCUACAUCCUGGUGCAGGGGGGCUGCCCGGCCCACCCCGACGUCUCUCUGCACCCGCCCCACACGGGGGCUGCAGGCCGGGCAUUGUCCCCCAGCUCCCAGGAGCUGCAGCGCCUCAGCUUCCUGCUCCGGCCCCUCUACAAUGACUCCAUCCAAUUCCUGCACUGCCGCCUGGCCCUCUGCACCCAGGAGCCCCAGGGCCAGGCUGGAGCCUAUGGGGGCGCCCUCCCCAAGUGUGGGCCCCAGGCCGGGGCAUGUCCCAGCAGCCGCGUGGGGGAGCCGAGCAGCGGGCGGUUCCAGUACACCUUCACCAAAGCCAUCAUCGUAACAGUGGGGAGCCUGACCAGAGCCACCAAACCCACCCCAGGAACAGAUCCCUUUCCGGUGCUCUUUCCUCUGGCUGGCAGGAGGGGGAAGGUGCUGAAGGAGGCACCCCGGCCAGAGCAGGGAGAGACCCACCCUGCCCCCCUGCCCCAGGGCCUGGAGCUGCCCACCGUGGUGGGCAUCGUAUUCUCAGCUUUCGUCAUCGGCGUCUCUCUCACUGGGGGGCUCUGGCUCAUUCACUCCAGGACAGCUCACAGGGGCCUCCCUGUCCAUGCUCUUAGGGAUACGCUGGCACCGGCCCCACCCUCACCACCUGCAGGCGCCCGGCCCUGCGGCUCCCGGGAUCAGCAGCCCAUCGGAGUCUGCUCAGCACAGCCAGGGAGGCGACUCGGGGAAGGGCCUCUCCACCUGGCCCGAAGGGCCCCCUCCCUGUGACCAGCGGCCAGCGGGCGGCAGGCCUCGCUCAGGCAUCGGGGCUGCG